GAAUACGGCAUUAAUCGAGUGGAGAAAUUGGACAUAGCGUACGCCUACUGCCUCCCACUGGUCAGGAAGAUCCAGCUGGACCUGCAGAGGACCCACGAGGACGAGUCUGUCAACAAACUGCAUCCUCUGUACUCUCGUGGAGUGAUGUCCCCGGGGCGCCACGUCAGGACACGUUUAUAUUUCACCAGUGAGAGUCACGUCCACUCCCUGCUCAGCAUUUUCCGCUACGGAGGCCUGCUCGAUGAGGAGAAGGACCAGCAGUGGAAGCGUGCCAUGGAUUACCUCAGCGCUGUCUCUGAACUCAACUACAUGACUCAGAUCGUCAUCAUGCUGUACGAAGACAACAAUAAGGACCUCACCUCAGAGGAGCGCUUCCACGUCGAGCUCCACUUCAGUCCAGGUGUCAAAGGUGUGGAGGAGGAGGAGAACGCACCGACCGGCUUUGGCUUCAGACCCGCAUCUGCAGAGGUAGCUCGACAGAACGGGCAGAAACAGACCGACCCCGGCAGCCUGGAGGACCUCUCUCGAGACGAGACCGACCGCGCCGUGCCGCUGUCUGAGCCAAUCACCAUUCAGAGGAGGUCCCCGCUGAUACGCAACCACAAGACGGGAUCCAUGGAG